AUGUCCCAUGGUGGAAAUGGGAAAUUUAAAAUUUCCAAGGGAUCAGUUCUUCGCCUGUACCACGUGACCCCCACCGACUCUGUCAGGUUAAAUCACGCCAAUGAAAUGCUCAGACACAACUUGGCCAAGUACCCCUUAACCACGGCUGUAGUCAACACCGAGCAGAUCGAAAGCGGAAAACGCUCCAUACUGUUCAGGAACCUAUUCAAUGGACUCGUUCCUAAAGGGAUGAUUUUUGGAAUCGUCCAGGAUGCCGCCUACAAUGGAUCAUACACAAAGAACCCCUUCAAUUUCCAGAUGCCCCAGCUGAGCUCUAUCGGGGUCAAAGUGGAUGGAAACGAAACGCCCAUCUCAAGUCUCAAAAAUGUAGGUGGUGAAGCCAUAGAUUUGUACCACCUGCUGUUCGACAACGUGUGUGGUCCGUAUCGCGGAAGAGGACUGAACAUCUCACGUGAAGAAUUCAAGAAUGGGUACGCCUUAUUCCCCUUUGACUUCACAGCUGCUGCGAAUGCCUCAUCCGGGUACUUCCAGCCACAGUAUAAAGGAGUGGUAACGCUCGAAUUAACCUUCAGUGAGGCCACCGACAAGGUGUAA